AUGUCCACAGAUAACCAUGUUGUCAAAAACCAUGUUUAUACAAACCAGACAGCCGCCCAAACCAUCAACCAAUCAGCCAUUGUAGUCAAUCUCUACCGCAAGACGAACAGCUCCGGCAGGGAUAUUGCCGCCAAUGCCGUUCUGCCCAGAAUUUGCCUGCGUAUAAGCGUUGACAACCUGUGCCGCAUUCGUCGUGAUAUAAGAGCAAUCCGUCGACGGAGCCUGGCAGAUCUUCAUCCCCUGGACUUGCUUUCCAGCAGCCUGCGCCUGGAUCGCGGAGACGUCAUAGCCAGACCAUCCGUUGUUCCCCGUGUUUCCAAAGUCGAACUCGCCCCAAGUGCACGCGUAUCCACCGUUGCUGUCCGUGGGCAGACUGCUGCCGGGAGCCGCACCCCAGCCACCCUGCGAGUCCUCGGCAAAGGCAACGUACUUGGUCUCGCCGGCAUUCAAGGUGAAGCUCAGAGCGGAAUGACCGUACCAGCCGUCCAUCUUGCCGUCCGGGCCGUACUUGUUCCAGAAGACCACGAUCCAAGGAUCGGUGUUGCUGCCCUUGAACUGCGCCACGUAUUUGUACUGCGAGGCCUCGCUUUCAGAGACUUCGAUGAUGUUGCUGCCCCAGGGGUUGCCGACGUUGCCCUCGUAGGUGACACUGCCGCUGCUGCCGCUGGGGCUGGUCGAGGCGCCGAAGCCUGCGGUCGAGAAGGAGCCGCUGGCGGGUAUCGCGGUCCAGUCGCCGCCGGACGAGGAGGAGGAGGAGGAGGGAGGGGGUCGGCGAGGGUGAGUGUAUCGCUGAAGAGGAAGCCGCUACGCCGUGACGCUUCUCGAGGGCUUCCAUGUUAUGGAAGUGAGCAUGGCGCCGUUCAUGACCGUGCGGACGGGCCAGCGUGCCGGCGACACACAGCCAGACAGGGUGGGAACAUUACCCCAGUCAAAUCAAAACCCACUAGCAGCCACGAAGCCCUAAAUUGUCUACGGAGUAAUCGUUACGCCCUGGCGAACGCCAUCCAUGGCGCCGUGAAUAAUGACUUACCAUGGACCUCCUCGACAUCCCUGGAUCUGGAAUGGCUCGAGAACAGCCACUCCCACUUCCCCCGUCGGGGAUCCGAUCGGAUAAGCAUAGGAUAUGGUUGCAUCGACGCGGACCGGCACGGAAUGGCGGCCCCCAAACCCAAUGCCACAUGGAACCCUUUUCUUGUUAAUGAAAAAGAUAACACUGGAGAAAUAAUACUUGCUAACUGGAUAUUUUUUACGUUUGGAGAGAAUAAGAGUUUCAACAGGGACCUGUACCUGUACCUCAUUAUCAAGCUUAAAUUACUGGCUAGCCGGACCAUGCCCCCUGCAGGUACCUACAGUACCUUAGGUUAG